UUUUGGGUUGCUUGCGAUGGUCUGCUCUGCUCGGUUACUUCCAGCACCGUCGUGCACGCUUCCGCUGGCCUUGCCCGCUCCUCGCAGCAUCCUCGAAGCUCUCCACACCAGGGAGGGCGACUCGUCCAGUCUCCUCUGACUUGCUCUGCUCUCCCUGCGCCCGUGGUCGGUCUGUCCUCACCGCUAGCCCGCUGCUGCUCAGCAGCCAGUCCCGGCGGCACCAGUCCCCGCCGCGUCAAUCGCCUGAUCAUUUCUUAUAAUGUGGGGUGAGAAAACUCAUCACAAGCACUGGCAUCAAGGUCAUGGUCCAUCUGGAAGUUCCAAGGGCGAGAAACAUGGCAAACAGCAGCCCAAAUUUAUACCAGACAAUUAUAGCUCGGUUGAUGAGGUCAUUACUGCACUGAGAGAAGCUGGUCUCGAAUCAUCAAAUCUAAUUCUUGGUAUUGACUUCACCAAAAGCAAUGAGUGGUCAGGUAGGCAUUCCUUUGGAAGAAAAUCUUUGCAUGCCAUUAACGGUAACCCAAAUCCAUAUGAGCAAGCUAUCUCUAUAAUCGGGCGAACACUGUCACCUUUUGAUGAUGAUAACUUAAUACCAUGUUUUGGAUUUGGUGAUGCUUCUACGCAUGAUCACUCUGUCUUCAGCUUCUACCAGGACAACCAUCCCUGUCGUGGCUUUGAGGAGGUUCUUGUAAGGUAUCGACAAAUUGUUCCACAUUUGAAUCUUUCAGGACCAACUUCUUUUGCACCUCUGAUUUAUGCAGCGAUUUCUGUUGUUGAAAAUAGUAAUUGGCAAUACCAUGUCCUCGUAAUCAUAGCCGAUGGACAGGUGACUGCUGCUAAUACAAAUGAUGGAAGAUUAAGUCCACAGGAACAGGCAACUAUACAAGCAAUUGUUGAUGCUAGCUACUAUCCUCUUUCAAUAGUAAUGGUUGGAGUGGGUGAUGGACCAUGGGAUGCCAUGCAGCAUUUUGAUGACUGUAUCCCUGAAAGAGCUUUUGACAAUUUCCAGUUUGUGAACUUCACUGGUAUUAUGUCAACAAGUAAGGAUAUGUCAAAGAAGGAGGCUGCAUUUGCUCUUGCAGCUCUUAUGGAAAUACCUUCUCAGUAUAAAGCAACUCAAGGCCUCCGACCUUCAGAAAAGCAUGCACAAAGGAUUGGCUCUCCUAGGAUUCUUCCUCCUCCAAACAAAGUUCUUGAACAUGAUAAUGCAGCAGCUUCACAUCCUCCUCCAACCGCAAGCUCCCGGUCAACUGGCAUUGGCAAAAGUGCUGCCGACGAGCAGGUAUGCCCCAUAUGUUUAACCAAUCCAAAGGACAUGGCUUUUCAGUGUGGUCACCUGACAUGCAAGGAAUGUGGCCCAACUCUACCAACCUGCCCAUUGUGCCGUAAGCCAAUUACCAUGCGCGUGAGGAUCUAUUCUUAAGAUGAUGCGAUGUUCUGGAGAGAAGGGAUUGACCGCUCCAUCCAUGGGAUGCCAAUCAGUAAGGAGCAAGAUCUCGGAAGCGCAGGACUUUGCGCUACGGUCUCGAGAUGUGAAUGUCAUGAAAACCAUGUACAGAAACUUCUCCGUGCCUAUUCAGUAAUGUUGGCUGAUGAAUAAUUUCAUCCUAUUGCAUGUAAAAGUUUAUCGUUAUCAGGCAUCAGUAGCAGGGAAAUUGUGUUCUUGUGUUGAAUGCUAUACCAGCAAUCGUGUCACAUAUCUAUGUUCAUAUCAUCAUACCAGAGGACAGAUACUUUUGAUGGAUGAAUUGUGCUCUGUUAUGUUCGGGAACGGUUAACUCU